GGCAAACAGCAGUGUCUACAUCCCCUUAGCGGCCUGUGCGGUAUCCAGAUUCCAGGGACCUCCCUCCUUGGGAGUCGCUUAACCCCAAGGCCUCCCAUUCCUCUCCUCCUCCCACCCUGCGCUGUUCUAGGAGGAGCCUAAAUGUCCCUUCCCCAGCUGAAGGGGAUUGUGGUGCGUAAACAGGAUUAACUCCCUCGCCCCCGAGUGGCCUGCGGGCCGGAGAGAGCCCUUGGGUGCGUGGAGGGCGCAGCGCCGGGAGCGGGGGAUGGGGCAGCUCGCGCCCUCGGGGCAGUCUCUGGGGCGCGCGUCCUCGUUGACUGGGGCUGGGGGCCACAGCCUCAGCAGCUGCUGCUCCAAAGCUCCAGCGGCCCGCGGCUCCGGCGCGGGUUCCUAGCGGCAGCCUCCCCUCCACCACCUCCCCUUCCUCCCCGCGCUUGUUCUCCGCCCCCCCACGCUCCAGCCUCUCGGUAGCAGCCCGCGCCGUCCUCAGCCCCCCGGAGCCGCCGCUCCAGCCCCUAGCCCAGCUAUGGGGGACCUGCCGGGUCUCGUGCGUUUCUCCAUCUCGCUGCGCAUCCAGCCCAACGACGGCCCGGUCUUCUACAAGGUGGACGGGCAGCGGUUCGGUCAGAAUCGCACCAUCAAGCUGCUCACCGGCUCCUCCUACAAGGUGGAGGUGAAGAUUAAGCCCACCACACUGCAGGUCGAGAACAUUUCCAUUGGUGGCGUGCUUGUCCCGCUGGAACUGAAGUCUAAAGAGCCUGAUGGGGACAGAAUUGUUUAUACGGGCACAUAUGACACAGAAGGUGUGGCCCCAACCAAGAGUGGAGAACGGCAGCCCAUCCAGAUCACCAUGCCGUUCACUGACAUUGGGACGUUUGAGACCAUGUGGCAAGUCAAGUUCUACAAUUACCACAAGCGAGAUCACUGCCAGUGGGGAAGCCCCUUCUCUGUCAUUGAGUACGAAUGCAAACCCAACGAGACACGCAGUCUGAUGUGGGUGAACAAGGAGUCCUUCCUCUGAAGAUGGCUCUUUCUCAUGUUGCUGGACAAUCUCCUCAGAAAUCUACUCUUAGACAAAUCAGCACAAGCCUUAACCAAGGCAUGCCACACCGUUGCUGUUUCCCUUGUGGUACUGAUGACCCGCUAGCCCUGAUUAAUUUGCAAGUGUAAUUCCCUUCUGAUACAACAUCCCCGACAUGAAGCUCAAGACAUACCACUCCCAGAAAUAUCCCCUUUCUGUAUUCCGUGCUGGUGCUGCAGCAUCCAAUUGUGCUCGGUCAUGCCAUUGGCCACUCGUGACCGGAACUCAGUGGAACUUGUAGGCUUGUCCUGUUCUUGAGAGUUCCACUGACUCUGUGUUUUGUUUCCAAGUCGAGUGAUUGCUCCUUUUCUGUUUAGUGUUCCAUUUAAAAAUAGCAAUCUGUAUGGGUCCUCCCAUGUGUAAUACGGUGACAUGUAACUUGUGAUGUUUGCCAGUUCUCAAAGCAGGCUUUGUGAAAAUGUAAUACUAACAGCAGUCAAGGGGACUCAAAUGUUGUGCUUCCUGUAACCAGCUCUGCUUUUUCAGGGAAUGAUAAUGACAGACAAAUGCUUAAGUAUUUGUAACAUCCUAAAGCUCUUCAAAGUAACUUAAGGUAUUGUGCAAUGGUCUACUAGAAAUGGGGACAAAGCAGCGUUGUGGACCACUAUGAAAGUGAUAAGAGUUGUAGGGUUACCCUGUGACACUCUCCCAUAGUAUUCAAAGAUGCACAUGUAGACAUCCCUACAUUCUUCACUUGAACUUUGUAAAACAGUGUAUGGACCUAUAAGCAACUUUUGAUAUUUCUUAAUAAAGGCAUUGAAAAUUAUG